CGCAGUCCUGCUGGAACUGGCAAGUGCUUUGGUCUUUUUGGUCUUGCUGCCUUUAGACUAAGCUCUCUGACAGUUCAAAGCCUGUAACAUCUCUGGGAGAUGAGAAAUGCUGGACCAUUUCACAGUUAGAUACCUGAUGGAUAGCACUGGUUUUCUUCUUUAAUAGAAGGAAAAAAAAAAAAAAAAAAAAAAAUGGUCUUAAUUAUUGACUGCAUGCCUGGCCAAAGGUUUGAAAUAUCCCCCUCGCAACAGACUGCAAUUUUCUUCCUGCCACCUCUGUCCAUCUGACCCUGUUGCAUCAGUACUGUGAAGCCAACAUGUUUUAGGCCACUCAUCCACAAGCAGUAAUUAAAAGGCAUGAUUAAAGAACAGGGGAUAAGUGCCCAGGACACAGAGUCCCCCACCUGGGGAGUGUUUCUCCACAGCCCCAGCUGGUUCCCACAGGUGUCAAGAUGUGGUAUUUUUUGGAGGCCGACCUCUGUUCCCAGCCCAUUAGCUUUUUAACCACAGGACCCGCAUCAUGACUUGGAGCAGAAAGCAUAUCUGACGUGCCCUGGGGAAACAUUAAAUAGCCCAGUGUAGGCGUGGGCUUGCAGUGCAGCUGGACUCUGGUGGGUGUUGUGCUUCCUGGGCUCCAUCAGUCACCUCUGGAUGGGUCAGCAUCAAAUCCCACCGGUGCUCAAAAGCCUUCAGGACCCACUUCUGCCCUGAAGAGCUUUUGUCAUUGUCCCAUGCCUGCAAGGAGGAGCCUGACCACCACACAAUGAAGGUGUCCCCAUGAUUGCAGUCUUGCAGAUGAUGGCGUUCGGUCUUGCUCUCCUCUCAACCCUCUUCCUCCUCCUGGCCACAUGCACUGACUGCUGGAUGGUGAAUGCUGAUGACAGCUUGGAGGUGAGCCACAAAUGCCGGGGGCUUUGGAGAGAAUGUGUCACCAACAUGCAGGAUGGGGUCAAGACCUGUGACCAAUAUGACUCCAUUUUGGCAGACCAUCCAGUGAAGAUUGUGGUGACACGGACACUGCUGAUCACAGCAGACCUCCUGGUGGGCCUGGCCUUGGCAACUUUGCUCCUUGGGCUCGACUGCAUCAAGUUCCUCAAGGAAGAUCCUCGUGUGAAACUGAGGAUGUGCUACGGUGCUGGUGUCAUCCUUGGCAUCGGGAGCAUCCUGGGCCUGGUGGGCUCUGUGUGGUAUGCAGUGGAUGUCUACGUGGAGAGGGCCAUGCUGGUGUCACACAACAUAUUCCUGGGAGUCUACUAUGACUUUGGGUGGUCUUGCUGGCUGGGGAUGGCUGGCUCAACGGGCUGCUUCAUGGCAUCCAUCCUGCUGACCUGCUGCCUCUACGCUUGUUCAGGCCCCAGCAUCCACCAGCAGCCCCCGAGGCUCCCUCAGCGCCCAAUUGUCACCAGCAAGAUGUACACCGUGGACUCCCGUGUGUGAUGGGCAGCAGCACCUCCUGCACCCAGCCCAUUGCAUGAUGCUUACCCCAAGUCUGACCCCAUUAAAGCACUCCAGGACAUCUCUGCAACUGCUCUGGGACUCCAAUUUCAGGGCUCCAGGAAGGGCCUGCACAAGCUAUAGCAUCAGCAGCUGCAAAAAGUGGGCAGGCUGCAGAAGCAAGUCACACACAGAGGUUUUAUUGCCAAUUCCAGCCAGGUUUAUUCAAAAAUAAAACCUAGAAAAGUGGUGGUUUAUGAAAAGAGGCUCUUCAUUGAUGCCAGAAGAGAGAGGAGGUCUCUGCAGGGUGGGGGAAAGCUUAGCACCCCACCCAAUUUAAUUCC